GUGGAGACAUUCCAGGAUCAUCUUUUGGAUGUCCCUGUCACUCGUGAGCAAUUAAAUCACUAUCGUAAAGCUGCAGAAAAUGCCCGUAGUGAACUUGCUGCAUCUCUGGUCAAAUUUGAAUGUGUUCAGUCUGAGCUUCUGGAUCUCAGGUCUAAGAUGUUUUCUAAAGAAGUCUCAUGCCAAGAGUUGAAGGCUGAAAUGGAGAGUUAUAAAGAAAACAAUGCAAGACAGUCCUCUCUUCUCAUGUCAUUGCGAGACAGGGUUCAGGAGAUAGAGAAAGAAUCUGCAGCACUAACCACAUUCAAAAUGAGAACAGAAAUAACAGCUAAGGCUGCAACCCAGGAGAAUCAGGAAUUGAAGAAGAAAAUCAUGGACUUGGAAGCUAAAUUAAAAAAGUGUUUAAAAGAAAAUGAAGAAAGCAAGAACCAAGCCGCUAAGAACAGCAGGAAACUUGAGGAAUUUCUAAUCCAACUUUCUGGCUGCUUAGAAAUGGAUAUGAAGAAUGAAGAGGAAUCUCAGGAGCAUUUCAUUUCAAAGGUUAGGGAGUUGCAUAAAGAAAACACACUUAAGCAAGAACAGAUUGUUACUCUUGAAGAGACUAUAAAUGUCCAUGAGAUGGAGGCAAAAGCCAGCAGACAGACCAUCAUGCGACUGGUUUCAGAAGUAAACAAAGAGCAGAAAAAAACUGCCUCCUGCAUUGAAGAGAAAGAAACGCUGAACAAG